AUGUCUGGAGGACCUUCACAAGACUUUGACCCUGGCAAGUUCUCUGGGACUGUUAGUGAACUUAGAAAAAUCUCAGUUAAUCCCCAGCCAAGAUCGGAUUUAUCUGGGGAUUCGGAUGAUUUCUCCGGAUUUUCAGGCGUAUCCCUCUCCAGAAAGGAUAACUCGAUGUUCCGAGAAGGUCGCAACCUUUCUAGAGAAAGAUGUAUGCACAGCGAGGGAGUGGAUGAGUCUGUUGGGGACGCUCUCCUCGCUGGAGCAAUUCGUUUCUCUAGGAAGGUUGCACCUGAGACCAUUCCAGUUCUUUUUAAACCAGAACUGGAACCGCCUGUCUCAAGAUCUAGAGUUCCCCUUCAAGAUCUCGAAGGAGAUAAAGAAGGAUCUUCUCUGGUGGGCAGACCCUCUUCGCUUCCUGGAAGGUCUAUCACUGCACAUGCCGAACCCCAACCUAGUGUUGUUUGCCGACGCAUCGGACACAGGUUGGGGAGCGACGCUCGGUUCAAGGGAAGUGUCAGGCACCUAGGAGGGGGAACAGGUGUCCUGGCACAUCAACAAAAAGGAGUUGAUGGUGGUUUGGCUAGCCCUAAAAGCCUUCGAGUACCUCGUCCGGGAUGCAGCGGUUCAGAUCAACUCGGACAACACCACAGCCCUGGCAUACAUCAGGAAGCAAGGGGGGACGCACUCCUUCUCCCUGUACGAAACAGCAUGGAAACUUCUACUGUGGUCGAAGGAAAGGAGGAUAAGACUCCUCACCAGAUUCGUGCAGGGAGAAAGGAACGUCAGGGCCGACCUUCUGAGCAGGAAAAACCAAGUCCUUCCCUCAGAGUGGACUCUUCACUCGGACGUGUGCCAGGAGCUGUGGAAGACGUGGGGCAGACCUCACUUGGAUCUAUUCGCGACCUCCAAGAACGCAAGGAUAGACCUCUAGUGCUCCCCGAUAUCAGACCCGAUAGCAGUAGCGAUAGAUGCUUUUCUGCUAGACUGGAAGCAUCUAGACCUUUAUGCGUUCCCUCCCUUCAAGAUUCUGGGAGAAACACUAAGAAAGUUUGCAGCAUCGGAAGGGGCAAGAAUGACAUUGAUAGCUCAGUUCUGGCCCGCCCAAGACUGGUUCACAGAGGUACUGGAAUGGUUAGUAGACAUUCCAAGAUCCCUGCCACUAAGAGUCGAUCUGCUCAAACAGCCCCACUUCGACAGGUAUCACAAGAACCUCCCCGCUCUCAAUCUGACUGGACUCAGACUGUCAAGAGUCUCGUCAGAGCGAAGGGUUUUUCGGCAAAGACUGCAAGGGCUAUUGCCACUGCAAGAAGACCUUCUACCAUCAGGGUCUACCAGUUGAAGUGGGAUGUCUUUCGACGUUGGUGCAGGAAUCAGAAGCUUUCCUCCUCCAGUACCUCUGUGACCCAAAUAGCAGACUUCCUCUUUUUCCCGAGGGAAAAAUGUGGUCUGGCGGUCUCAACCAUAAAGGGUUAUAGAAGCAUGCUAGCCUCAGUGUUCAGGCACAGGGCAUUGAACAUCUCGGAAGAUAAAGAUCUCCAUGACCUGAUAAGAUCUUUUGAGACAACUAAGAAAGUCUCUAAUUUAACCCCAAGCUGGAAUCUCGAUGUAGUCUUGCUUUUCCUGAGGUCAUCAAGAUUUGAACCACCUCAAUCAGCCUCAUUUAGAGACCUAACGAUGAAGUCCCUGUUUCUUAUGGCUUUGGCUUUGGCUAAGAGAGUAAGUGAGUUGCAAGCCUUAGAAGGAAGUGUAGGAUUCAAAGGAGACUCCGUGAUUUGUUCCUUCCUUCCUUCUUUCUUAGCCAAGAACGAAAACCCCUCCACUCCUUGGCCCAGGAGUUUUGAGGUAAAAGGCUUAUCCUCCCUCGUUGGAGUAGAAACAGAGAGGACUCUUUGCCCUAUAAGAAGCCUUAAGUUUUAUCUCCAUAGAAAGAAAAAACUUAAGGGCAAUAUGGACAACCUCUGGUGUUCUGUAAGAGAUCCCAAUAGGCCUUUGUCAAAAAAUGCUCUGGCAUUCUUUAUUAGGAACUUAAUAAAGGAAGCUCAUGUGGCAUGCGAUCAAGACCAUUAUAAGCUCCUGAAAGUCAAGGCUCAUGAAGUGAAGGCCAUUGCCAGGUUGUUGGCUUUCAAGAAGAAGAUGUCGCUACAGAAUCUCAUGAAAGCGACUCUUUGGAGAUGCAACUCAGUCUUCGCCAACUACUACCUUAGAGACGUGAAGAUUACAGAAGACAAAAUUCUGGAUGGAAUCAGACCACUCUGUUCUAGUGGCCAUCAGUCAGGGGAAUUGGGUCAUCUCCCUGGAUAUGCAAGACGCACAUUUCCGUGUGCCAACCUCCGUCUUCAAGGAAAUUUCUGA